AUGUCGACCAGACACGAGGACAAGUACAACUGGAUCGAAGGCGUGGAGUCGCUUGACAAGUACACGCCAGGAGGCUACCAUCCUAUAAUGAUUGGGGAUUUACUGCAUGGCCGAUACCGUGUAGUAGACAAAUUAGGCUUUGGAGGAUAUUCAACUGUCUGGCUUGCUCAGGAUACCAGCUCGGGGAGCAGCUAUGUUGCCGUCAAAAUUGGCAUAGCAGACUCAUCACAAGCCGAGAUUAGAACUUUACGGGUGCUUUCGUCACCUCCCGGUUGCAACUUGAUUUCCAUUCCUCUCGAUGAAUUCGAGCUUCAUGGUCCUAAUGGCACGCAUCCAUGCUAUACGACGCUCCCAGCGCGAUGUAACCUCAGGGAAAUCUCCUUUAGUCGCCUCUUCCCUCUUGAGGUUGCCCGAGCACUUGUCGGUGGAAUCACAACUGCUAUUGCCUAUACACAUUCGCGAGGCUAUAUUCAUGGAGAUGCCCAUCUUCGAAACAUACUGGUAAAGCUUCCGUCAAGCUUCAACCAACUCUCCAUCGAAGAAUUUUAUGAGGAGUACGGCGAGCCUGAAUCAAUCCCUGUCACUCGAUGUAAUGGGGAAUCACUUCCGUCGAAUGUCCCAGCAGUAGCGGUGCUGCCUCUUUCUCUUGGAAAAAAGGCAGAGGAGUUUACCCUGUCCGAUGCGCAGAUACUCCUCAGUGAUUGGGGAGAGGCAUUCCCUCCAGCCUUAGAAGAACGUCGUGGAAAGGACUGUCAUACACCACUUUCAGUACGCCCUCCUGAAGCUCGCUUUGAACCAGAGGCUCUACUGUCUUUUUCUGCAGAUAUCUGGACUUUGGCAACGACAGUCUGGGAGAUACUCGGCAUGAAGGCGAUUUUCAGCAGUGAGUUUAUGACUGCAGAGGAGCUAGUAGCCCAGCAAGUUGACUUGCUGGGGUUGCUGCCUCCGGCUUGGUGGCAAAAUUGGGAUGCGAAAGACCAGUUCUUCCAUGAGAAUGGGCAGCCGAAGGAGGGCCGCUAUGUGUGGCCUCGGAUGGAUAAGGCGUUUGAAGAAGGCGUACAGGAAUAUCGACAGAAGCGUCAAAUGGGCGAAUUCAGCAUGGAGGAAACAACCGCCAUACUGGACUUGAUGCGCCGGAUGUUGACAUUCCAGCCAGAUAAACGACCCACGGCAGAAGAGGUCUUGAACUCGGAAUGGAUGGUCAGAUGGGUAUUGCCUGACCAUGAGAGGAGUUUGCAGGAAUGUCAAAGAGCCAGCAAACAGAGAUGGUGA